AGGAAAGAGUUUAAAAAAAAACAAAAAACAUAGAGUUUCUUGGCAAGGGGAGGGCAGAGGAACACAAACUGUGGGUGGACCCCUGUGACAAUGUCAGGCACCUAAACCCUCCCUGGUCGAAAAACACUAGUACCAUGAAUGCUUACAGUGGUUAGUACUGUUGUAGAUCCAGGAGGCUGCUAGUUUAAGUUUAAUUCCAUCAAUAAUACAGGCUUACGAUGAAUAAUACCAGGUGGACAAGGACUAGUAGUCUGUUUAUUGUAGGUAAAGAGGACUUGUGUCCAGACCCCUGCUUUGCUGUUCCAGACAGAAAAACCCACAACGCCAAGAAAGGAAUGUCUAAUCCCACACCAGACACUUGGACAUGUCCCGACCAGUUUGAGAGAGAUGGGUCGUCCGAACCAUCACCCCAGACUUUGAGGAAGCCACCUGGGCAUCUGAAGUUGGCACGCAGCCUUUCUAAAUUAGAAUGCGACUUGCUUGCUUCCCCUCAUUGUGAGGACGACGGGCCUCUUAAUGGCCGGAGCGAACCCCUGUCCAACUGCGCUGCUGAGAGGAAGGAAAUGGACCAGAUGCCAUCGUUUGCCUCUGAAUGGGACGAGAUUGAAAGGAUCAUGAAUCUGAUUGCUGGCACCGAGAUCUCCAAGGAGCAUCAACCUGCAUCUGAAGAUGCAGCUGGGAGUCGCGUGCUGGAGCAGUCGGUGGGGGAGUGGUUGGAACACGUGGGCUUUCCUCAGUACGAGAGCAAACUGCUGCUCAAUGGCUUUGAUGAUCUGCGCUACAUGGGGAGUAACGUGAUGGAAGAUGAGGACCUUCAGGAAAUUGGCAUCACCGACCCAGGCCACAGAAAAAAAAUCCUUCAUGCAGCGAAAAGCCUUCCAAAGGUGAAAGCUCUGGGGUGUGACGGCAGCACCUCUCUGUCUUCAUGGCUGGAAACUCUAGGUCUUGGAGAGUAUCUGCACAACUUCUUGUCUAGCGGCUACCGAACCCUGGACUGCGUGAAGAACCUGUGGGAGCUUGAAAUUGUUAACGUGUUGAAAAUUGGCCUUCUUGGUCACAGAAAAAGAAUCAUAGCCUCGAUAGCAGAGCGACCGUAUGAGGAAGCACCUUCAAAAUCCAACCGCUUUUCCCAACUCAAGAUUCAGGACUUGUUGUCUCAAAAUACGUCACCGCUCAGUUAUAUGGAUCCGUACACCAGUCGCUCCAUGGAUAUGUUGUUUCCGCUGGGAGAUUCAGGCAGAAAGAGCCGAGCGUUGGAUCAGGAUGGCAGUAUCUCCCUUCGCUCCUUCGGUGAAAGAUCGCGCUCCCAUGACCGUCAUGUGGAUCGACAUUCCCGUCUAAGUAUUCGCCCUUCCAGCCACUCUGCCACAUACACCACAGUCUCCACCUGGCACCAUCACCCUGAGAAACUCAUCACCGAGUCCUGCGUUUAUGAGGCUAGAUAUUUAGGGUCUGUGAUCAUCCGAGACCUACGAGGAAUUGAAUCUACACAGGAGGCCUGCGCUAGAAUAAGGAAAUCAAAGGAUCACCGGAAAGGUCCCGUCAUAAAACUGAAUAUCACCUACAGAGGAGUCAAAUUUGUUGAUGCAGCAACCAAGGUGAUGGUUGCAGAGCAUGAUAUCCAGAACAUCUCGUGUGCGGCCCAGGAUCCGGAUGAUCUCUGCACAUUUGCUUACAUCACAAAAGAUCUGAAGUCUGGUUACCACUUCUGCCAUGUCUUCACUACAGUAGAAGUGACACAGACCUAUGAGAUCAUCCUGACGCUGGGACAGGCGUUUGAGGUGGCAUAUCAGAUGGCUCUCCAGGCACAGAAGGCCCGUCGUCACAGUUCAUAUGCUGGCCCAGCCUCCGAAAACAUAGAAACCAAGACCACCAGGCCCACCUCUCAGUCCCGCAACAGUAUGCGCCGCUCCACCAUCGACCCUCUGGAGCCGGAAAUGGACCUGCAGUCCCUGGGCAGCACCAGUUGGCUCUACGAACCACGGGAGUCCUCCAGGCCUUCGAGUAGCACCAAGUAUGAGACCACCAUAUUUUGAAGCAGGGCACGGCCAAUCCUUGUCCAAUCCCGCCUGCUGCCCCAUUUCAACCCCAAAACUCGAGUGCCCUGUGCCUUCUCACUGUGAUUUGUAGCCUCCCUCAGGGCAAGACUACUUCCCACUCCAGUCUCGACCCCGGCCCUUGCCUGCAUUGCUCUCUCGGAGAGCCGUAUGCCUCCACCUUCCCGUAUUGACCGAUGAACAAUUUCUGGAAUCCCUGGAUUUGCCGUAUAACCAGCCUCCUCUAACUCUUCCGUCAUGGUCCGAAAUCGCCUCUGAAAGCUGCCCUAUUUUAUACAUUACGCUGAAUGUUUACGGUUCGGUCCCUCGUAUCAGAGGGUUCUCUAUCAGAAAACCUCCGAACUUGACUCGAACACUUGUAGCAUUUCUACAUCACAUCUGGAUGGACAUGUCAGCGGAACUUUAUUAGAAAUGAGUAUAUCCAUGAACUCUCUGCCUGCAACAGCAAUACUAGAACUGUUUUUCAAGUUUACACGAUCAUGAAUGCAACGCAACGCAGCUUCCCAUCGCCGCUCGUCCAACCCUGUAGCACUAGAUUACACCCCCCACCCCUUCAGUUCUUCACUUGGGUCUGUCAUCUCAAAUCACAUCCAGUGCUUCCUUUUGUCUUACCAGGCAUCUGCAGCUCUGUGGCCCUCGGAAGAAGAGAGCGUUUAGAGGUUUGGAAUUGAAAUGCAAUGCGGUUUUAAUGGGAAGAGUAGAAUACAGCCCCAAGAAAAUGGAAUAACCAAGACAACAUUGCAUUCUGUUUUCUCGUUGGAUUUUAAUUGUCAUUUAAAUCUAAUAAGGGAAUCCAUUUGGUUUCGUAAAGUUCUAUAUUUGUAACUUUACAUUGUUAACAUCACAUAGUAAGUGCGUGUAUAACCUCUAUGUUCAUUUUGUGAUUGAUGAUUUGUUCUGUAAAAUUGUUUACCUCUGAGAUUUUCCACUACAAAGUAAUUUGCAGAGAGUAUUUUCGUAGACAUAAAAAUAGUAAAUGUUACUACUUUCAGUUGCUAAAAAAUUCCCACAGUGACAAUUGUCUUUAGAGAGAAGAUAAUGAAGCCAAGAAAAGAAAAAGCACUAAGAAAAAAAAGGCUUAUGCAUAUUGUGACAAUGUACUGAAAGUUUUGAAAACCACUCUAAGUUUGCGCCACUUUGUUAAUUCACAAAAAAAAAAAAAAAAUUGUGUAUUAGACAUCUGCUGUUUUACUUUGGCUAAAUGGCACAAGUCAAUUUUACAUUCUUGAUGUUUUAUGUGUUGUCUUGUUUCAUGUUCCACGUUCACACUGCGGCUAAGUACGAUUUUUUUUCACUCAUAGUUUUAAAGGAGUAACAACCACAUUUGUAAACCAAAUUCACACACAGAACAUUUAAAGGGACAGUUCACACAAAAAUUUGUAAUCCUAUCAUCAUUUACUCAACCUCAAGUUGUUCCAAACCUGUAUGAUUUUCAUUCUUCCGUUGAACACAAAAGAAGAUAUUUUGUUGCUAGCAGCCAGUGACUUCCACAGUAUGGAAAAAAUAUACAAUGAAAGUCAAUGGCUAGCUUUAACUGUUUGUUUGCUAACAUUCUUCAAAAGAUAUAUUUAGUUCAACGGAGAACAUUUUAUUUUAUAUAUAAUUACAUAGAUCAGUGUUUAUAACCGUUGUUGCUAUGGUGAACCUUGUCAGGCAUUUUGCAUUCAGAAAAGACUCCUGUAUUUCGUACACAUACAGAAUGAUAAUUCAGGAGAUUAAUUUCUCAUUUAAACGCUGUUGUUGCUUCCAAAACAUUGCAGUGUGAACAUGGCUGGUUUUUAUCGUGUGGAAAGGACCGUUCGCUUGAGUUUGAUUCUGGAUGUUAAGUUACUUCUGAACUGCACUGUUUGUCUCUCAUGUCUGGUUUUAUGGAGUUAUCUGUUAAAGUUGUGCUAAUUUUUUGUGACUGUGUUGCACAUCCUCAACGUCCUGACAUCACAAUCAUCCUCACUCAUUAACAACCAUCGUUUGCCAUCGUUUUGUCCCAUUUCCUAACUCAAGAUUGCCAAAGAGGCUAACUCAAGAUUAAUUUCACUUAUGAUGUCACAUCCUGUAAUGUGAAAUUUGAGUAUUACUUUUCAGAAAUGCUGUAUCACAUUUUGAAUAUUUACAAUUUAAUUUAUCAGUCCUAUCUAGGCUCUGACAACUUUAUAGAGAUUUUAGAGCGUUCCCAUUUCUGAAUUCAUAUAUUUUUCCUUGUGUAGCUGACUCCACCUUUCAAGUUUCCGGACACCAAGGUGUGAAUUGAAGGGGACUCAGGUGAAACUUUAUGUGUGAGUCCAAAUGAGGAAGAAAUUGAGUGAGUAUGCAAGAGAGAAAGAGAAAUGCAAAAUUAGCACUUAACUGCCGUACCAAACAGACUGUCCAAAGUGUCUCCUACUGCAAAAAUAAACUUGAAUACGGACAUUACUCAGCCGAUAAACAGAUUUGCUGGUGAUGUGGAAAUGGACGUUACACAUCGAUAAUAAAAUAUGAAUCAGCAUGAUAUUCAGUUUGACUGAUUCUCACAAAGCAAUGUCAUAUUUCACCCCAACAUCAAAAGCAAGAUGCUUGAAGCAAAUUAAUCCUGUUUUCAAGACUAUUAAGAUUGUUUGCAUUGCAGGCAUUCAUUUCUAGAAACACUUUGCUGGAAAUUCUGUAACAUGGGCAGAAAACAUUAUAAUUACUGUAUUAGAAUCAGCAUGAAUUAAAUAUAGUACAACCAAGACGAAUACUUAGAAAUUGUACUCUAUUUAAUUAUUUUCUCAGUAUGUAAACAAGCAUUUUGGGUUGUAAUUUGCUUCAUUUUCAUGAAAAAUCCUAAAAAUAGGUUUUGUUUGCUUCUUAUUUUGAUUUUGGGGGAGAAAGGUGAAGUUUUUUUCAUGAGAUUCACUCAUUUAUGUUAUUAAAAGCAAACAAGCAGAAAUUUGUUGGAUCUCUGGAAAAAUGGACUUCUCUUUCCUAAACACUGUGUGAACACUGUACGUUUAGUGUUGAAUGUUUCCUCUUAAACUGUGGUUUAUUUUCAUACAGAGAAGGACUUUGUGAGGGACAUUACCUAAAAAUAAUCUUUUUGGACUCACUUGGUGUACAUUAUAGAACUGCUUGGUGAAGAUUUGUGCCAUUUAAUACAAAAUGGGUCCAAAUGUGGACCUGAAAUGGAAACUUUGUGGUUGAAAAGAAGUACUUUUAUGUAAAUCAGCAAAAAUAUUUCUACUUGUAUGAGAAGCGUCCAGCUAAAUCGAAAUCAAACCAGAGGUUGAUGCAAUGAUCUUACUGUGAAAUAGCAAAGAUGUAGCAUACUUAGGCUAUUGAUUUGCCAUAUGAAAACAGAGCUGAAUUAAAUGUCACUUUAUUGCCACAUAUCAUAAA